AUGGCGCGGCUGGAGAGCUGGGGGCAAGCGGGGGACACUUUGGUGUCACAGGCAGUCGUAGCCAUGGAUGGGCUUGCGUGGGAAUACAUGGUGUGCUUUGGUGUUGGUCACGUGACACCGCACAUCAUGAAAUGCCUUAUGGAGGUUGUAUGUCCCGAAGCCGUGAGCGACGCAAAGGAUGCCGCCAUUGAGGAAAUGAAAGCACCUUGUCUCAGCACGCAGCCGAAACGUGCCGUUCAUCUGCUACGCACUCUCUUCAGCGCCAGCGGGGUGAGCGUGAGAGACGUUGUGUCGCGCUGUGCUGCGGAACGCCGUGGACUUGCGCUGCAGAUGGCGCUGUGUCCUCCACACAUACCAUUGCGGUCGGAAGUACUGCGGCAAGUGAACAAUGUUGAGGCUGAGGGGGUUCGCGCCGUGAAAGACGUUAGGGAAUCACGGGCGUUGCUCGAUGUGCUUGCUCGGCGUAUUCAGGCCCUAGAGCCUGAAUUGCAUGAGUUCCAACCACAGUGCGGGUUGGGGGACGAGAUGGGCUCGUUGCGGCUUGGGGAAGUGGUCGAUGCCACCGUGGUCGUCAAUGCAAAGAGCACCGCCCUCGCUGAGGGAGGGGGAAACGGAACCGUGGGCGGAGCGAACCUCGUCACGGCGACGGACAACGCUAGCUCUACCUGCGGCUACGUCCCGUCGAUAGAUUUUGUGCUUCCAGCGACGCAACAACUCUCCGCGGAGUCGUAUGCCUCCUGUGCGAUUGAAGUGAAUGGCGGUCGGCGUGACGAGAAGCAAAAACAACGUUCAUCGCAUGAAAAGAUGCAUGUAAAAGGUGGGGCACAAUUGGGAGGAAUGACUCCAGCGAAUCGAACAGCACAUGGUGCGCCACCGUUUAGCGGCUUCUCUCUCACGUCCCUAAGGUCCUUUCCCUUUCAGGUGGUUGGGGAACAUGUAGGGAGGGAGUUUUGCGAUGUGCUUCCUCCAACGACAGAGGCGAUUUCCGCACAGGCUUUGUCCGCACUGAUGGCGGAUAAGCGUCCAUUGCGCGUUCAGCACGAGGAACGUAUGACACAGGAAAAAGAGUGGAACCUACUUGGCAUGAGCCGACUUGCUUGCGCGGAGAUGCCGACGGGCCCCUCGGCGUACACGCGUCAGGCGGGGGUGCGUCAUUUGCUACGCUUGGAGCAGCAAAUCUCACGUAUGACAUGGCUGUGA